ACAACAGCAUCAUUAUACAGUGCAUUUUAUUUACAAAACGUUUAACUAAAUAUUAGAUUGAAUUCUACAGCACUUUAAAAACAUAAUUGCAACAUGCCGAAAGUCGUAUCAAGAAGCAUUGUCUGUUCUGAUUCUAAGGAUCAAGAGGAGUACACAGAUACGGGUCCAUUAAACAUCUAUUAUUGCUUGUGUGGACAAAUGAGUCUUAUUCUAGACUGCAUCGUUGAAAAACUACCAUUGCGUCAGCUAGACGGAGCACGCGUUAUUGACUCUGCUAAGCAUGCAAACAAAAUCACCGCUGAGCCGGGAGAAACGGUGUUUAUCCGACGAGAGGCUGGCAUCGAAAAGCAACAUCGGUUCAAGUGUAAAAAAUGCUCUCUCCCGCUCUACUAUCGACACAACAAUGACACUCAGGUAACGUUCAUCAUUCGCAGAGCUUUGGUGAAAUCGAAAAGCGACACCAGAAUCACAGAGAUGUUCAAACCGACUACCCUAUCCUCGGCAAACGAACCGAAGAAGGUCAUGGUUACGAAGCACACCAAAAAUAUGGGCAAAUUCAGCUCGGUCACCGUUUCCACCAUUGACGAGGAAGAGGACGAAAUCGAAGCACGCGAAGUGGCCGACAGUUACGCCAACAAUGCCCGUAUUAUCGAGAAGCAGCUGGAACGGAAAGGAGGGAAAUCCAACGAGACGGUUAUUAAGGAAAAAUGUGAAGCACCACCGGCGAAGAAAAAUCGGGGAACGUUGUUGGAUGGUUGAUAGAGAAGUUGGUACAUAAACUUAAUUUUAGCAUAACAAA